CCUACCGAUCGGUGAUAUCCUCCUCUUCUUCUAUCGAUUGGCUUUGAACUUCCCCUCACUCUCCGCCCCUCCCCGCCAUGACAAGCCAUUCUUGACAUCUCCUCCGAUCGUCUUCUCCCGCACCAAUACGACCCGAUUAUUCCAUCAGUCACAAUGCUUCACUUUCGCACAGAAGGCUUCAACGGCUGCGCGGUCAAAUACUCUCCGUUCUUUGACAACCGACUGGCGGUAGCCGCCUCAGCCAACUACGGCCUGGUGGGCAAUGGACGACUCCUCAUUCUCGAAUUGACCCCCGACGGCAUCGUACCAGCAAAGCAAUUCACAACGCAAGACUCUCUAUACGACCUCGCCUGGUCGGAGAUCCACGAGAACCAAGUCCUAACAGCGUCGGGCGACGGGAGCAUCAAGCUCUUCGACCUAAGCCUGAACGACUUCCCGGUACAAAACUGGAAGGAGCACAACCGGGAGGUAUUCAGCGUGCACUGGAACCUCGUAGCGAAGGACCGAUUCAGCUCGAGCAGUUGGGACGGGACGAUGCGGGUGUGGUCGCCGCACCGGCCGCACUCGCUAGCGACGCUGCCGACGCACAGCUGCACGUACGCGGCGGCGUUCUCGCCGCACUCGCCCGACCUGCUGGCGUGCGUCACCUCGGACUCGUACCUGCGGCUGUACGAUCUGCGCACUCCGGCGUCGGCCUCCAACCAUCUCACGCUUCAGAUCCCGAUUCACGCCGGGCCUGGCGGCGGAGGGGCAGGAGCAAUGGGAAAUGUACAACCGGGGGCGCCGCCGCCGUUGGCUUUGGCUGCCGCCAGCGCGCCCGCUGAGGCCCUGACGAUGGAUUGGAACAAAUACCGGCCGUCGACGCUGGCGACCGCCGGCGUGGACCGCACCAUCCGGACCUUCGAUAUCCGAGCCCCGCACCAGGGCCCGCAGGCCGUCAUGCUCGGCCACGACUACGCCGUCCGCAAGGUCGCCUGGUCGCCGCAUCUGUCUAACGUGCUGCUCAGUGCCAGCUACGAUAUGACCUGCCGCGUUUGGAGUGAUCAGUCGCCCGCCGGGGUCGUCGGCGAUGUUGACGUGAUGCGCGCUGGACCCGGGCCCAAUAUGGGGGUGGAGUUGGGCCGCAUGGGCCAGCAUACGGAGUUUGUCACGGGUGUGGAUUGGUGUCUGUUUGGAAAUGAGGGGUGGUGUGCCAGUGUGGGAUGGGAUGAGAGUCUGUAUGUAUGGGAUGUGCGGGCUGUGAUGAAUGGGUGA